CAAUACACGAGACGGACGUAUCCCUGUCGAGCAAGCAAACCGGCAAACAGAGCUUUCAAUUUCGUGGUUGUUGUUUUUAUUCCCGACAGUUUAUUCUGAGUGCCGAUCGGGAAGACCGCGAAGUCGUCGGUGGUGAGCUUUCGGGGGCUUCAAAGCUGCCAGUGUGACUCACUGAGACGCGCGGAGGCAGCGUGAGGGAGAGUUACAUAAGUCUGGAUCGGGUUGUGCUGUGACUUGUUGUUGCCGCAUUCGAUCUAUGGAACGCGAAGAAGAACAACCGCCCAACGGGAGUGAGAACAUCCCGAAUGUGUAAAUUUGGGAUUGUGAUGAAGAGUUCUGUUUUGGGGGCGACUGUAAAUAACAACAUUGCUCGAUUGUGGCUAGUGCUUAUUUAAGUGAAAAACGAGUAUCAGUGAUUUACUGAAAUUGUGGCAAACUUACAAUUAUAUAGUUGAAAGUGGGUGAUGCAAAUGAUGCAACGAGAGCUGACUGAAAAACAUGCAACGGAAGGAUUUUAACGGGCGUAGGAUUUAGCAGGAAACGAACCUUCACUCAUCUUCACAACAGCAAAGUUACAGAAAUGAUAUCAUUAAGAACCAAACAGAGUGCAAUGGAAGUGACAACAAAAAUAUGAAUCCAGUCCAGACAGUGACAGUGUGUUGAUAAUCAACAAACUCAUCGUUUAUUCUUGUCGAUCCUGAGUAAACAACACGGGAAUUCGAUCAUCGCCGUUUGGAGGAAAACCACAAAGAAAACAAGUUCUACUGGAGUCAAGUGAUCCCUCUGGAUGAAAAAAAAAAACGAACGAAUGAGAUAAGCUGAUGCCUAACAGAACGAGACAGAAUCGUUGGGGAUAACUUGCGACUUUUUGCGCCAACCGUGUGUGUGUGUGUGUGUGUGUGUGUGUAUCUGUGUUCCCGUUGUGUGAGCCGAGUGAAUAUAGCAAAAAAUAAUACGUGAAAAUAGUAAAUAUCAAAGUAGAGAUCCAGUGGGAACUAGGAGUGCUAGCUCACACAGCUCUUCAAGAAGUGUUCGAAUGGCAACGACACAAAAUUAGCUAGCAAAGGGGAUUUGAAUAAGCUAGAACGCAAUUUUGUCGAUCCAGAACCAAACAACGAACGUGUCUGAGUGUGUCUGAGUGCUAAGCAAGUGUUGUGUAGGCUUCUGGAACCAACUCGACGUUCACGUGAUCGCUAAAAUUAGCGCAAACCCUUACGCAGUCCAACAGAACAAUCAUCGCAUCGCAAUCAUGAGCACUCUCAAUUAGCAUGUGUAUCAUAAUCGGAUGCUAAGGAUUAAAGCGCCGAAGGAACACCACCAUAUCGCAAAGAUCGAAAAUUCAUAAUCUAUGGGCAUCGUAUAAACCAAAGCUAAACACCAUGGCCGGAACGCAACCACCCCGGAGCGUGACGCCGAACGUGCAGCAGGACUACGAUGUGACGCGUAUGCGAGAAGAGGACUUUGAGCGGCUGGCCGUCUACAUUGUGCCGGAUGUGCCCUGCGAGAAGGGCGUUCCGAACCGGGCGGAGAAAACUCUGCCCCGGAGUUUGACGCUGAAGCCCUCGCUGGUCCUGUCGACGCCUACGGCAACGACCGAAGGAGUAUGGAGUACGGGUGUGAUACCCCGUGGUACCCGAUUCGGCCCAUUCGAGGGGGUCCGGACGCCAAGCCAUCCCAGCGACAAGCAGCUGUGGCGGUAUUUUUGGAGGGUGCAAGAGCUACGACAUGUCUCCUAUGGGAACAUUAAGAUUUUCAAAGACAGUGACUUUUACUAUCUGGACGGUUCGGAACCGGCCCAGUCCAACUGGAUGCGAUAUGUCGCGUCCGCCUAUAGCUUUUCCGUGAUGAAUCUGGUUGCCUGCCAGCACCAGGAGCACAUCUACUUCUACACCAUCCGGGACAUUAUGCCCAACGAAGAGCUGAUGGUGUGGUACUGUCGGGACUUUGCAAAGCGGCUCGGAUACGACAUCGAUCCGGAGCGGGCAACCUACUCGAUCUGUAGGGAGGAAACGCUGAAGAAAACCUACGCCACAAUCACGAAGGCACCCGUCCCACCGGAGGUUGCCUACAGUCACGUGAAACACGUGAUGGGUCUGUACCUGCCUGCAAUCCGAAAUGCCCCGACGCCGAGUCCAUCGCCUCCCGCAGCGACACCGGUCACGACUGUGGUCGUCCCGUCCAAGCACCAGAUCCAUCAGACGGUACUGCGGGAACCGAGAAGCUCAAUUGAAGUUCGUGAUCGGUCCCCGAUCAGGAUUGUGAUCCAGGAGCAGAGUCCCCUGCGGGAAAGUGCAAAAGAGGUGGAUGCCGAUUCACCGAUCUCCCAGAAUGGGAAGGAAGCUCACUACGAGCACCAGCUGACGCCAAACGAUGGCUCGGUGAGGUCCGACGAGGGAUACCACAGCAAUGGGUAUCAUGAGGAUGGAUUUACGCCACCGGAGGACUCCAGCGAUAGUGAGAGUGAGCACAACUACGUUUUGGAUUGCUCAAAAAAGGCAAUCGCGCCGAAGGAAACCAGUGUGAGUCAGAAGAUGGAAGUUUGUGAUAAAAAUGAGUACCGAAAGGUGAAGAUGAAGAUGCCAUUGAAGUAUGAGUUCAAAAACAACAAGAACUUUAAAGCUGAGAAAGAAGAGGUCGUAGAGGAGGAAGAAGUGGCUUCUACGCGGGAGGUCACACCUGCAACCAGCACUGUGCUUGUGUUGGAUACCUCACCGGAAGCGGUUGUACCUCUGACCAAAACAUACUACGAAGCGGAGACCUCCACGUCCCCUGCAACCUUUAUCCGGUACACACCUCCAAGCUCAAGUAUUCUCGAGACAAUACUCACCGGCAGCCGACCUCAGGUAGAUGAUCCUCUACAGAGGCAGCCCAAUGCUACACCACCUCCAACCUCACCCACAGAGAUGGCCUAUUCGUACAAAAAAUCACAACGAUAUGGGAAUGUGUGUAGUCCAGACUCUAGCUCCCAGAAUCCGGUUGAAUCCAGUGAGAAUGCGCUUCAGGUGAUACAGGAAGCGAAGAUGAACCACAGCGUCGAGCAACGUGAAUCUCAAUCUCCAACGAUUGUCUACAAAUCCGAGUACAGACCGCACUCACCUCAUCCAUACGAACCCCCAACGCACGAUUACUCCAUCUAUCCCUCCCAGAGUAGCACCGUCAUCAACAGUGCUUCCAGUUCGACAUACUCGCCACCGCUUAACGGUGGUCACUACGAGAGACUGACAACGCAUACAAUCCAGUCGCCUAGCGGGUUCAUACAGCUGCAGCCCAAAGGUCAGCUACCACUGGGUCAUCCCCUUAUGCAACCUCUUCCCCCGCUAACGCACAUGUCGCCUGGACGAGGCUCACCCCCCAGCAGUCUUAGUCCCGAUGGUGGGUCGUACUCCCGAUGUGGCAGCCCAAUGAGUCCCGGAAGUCCCGGCUCCCGGGGCUACCGAAGCCUGCCAUAUCCGCUGCGUAAACGAGAUGGGAAGAUGCAUUACGAGUGCAACGUAUGCAGCAAGACGUUUGGUCAGCUGUCCAAUCUUAAGGUCCACCUGCGCACCCAUUCCGGCGAGCGACCCUUCAAGUGUAACGUUUGUACCAAAUCCUUCACUCAACUUGCCCACCUGCAAAAGCACCAUCUAGUGCACACUGGCGAGAAACCACACCAAUGUGAUAUCUGCAAGAAGCGCUUCUCCUCCACGUCCAACCUGAAGACCCACCUGAGGCUACACAGCGGCCAGAAGCCGUACGCGUGCGACCUAUGUCCCCAGAAGUUUACCCAAUUUGUGCACCUCAAGCUGCACAAACGACUGCACACCAAUGACCGGCCGUACGUGUGCCAAGGUUGUGAUAAGAAGUACAUUAGCGCCUCGGGUCUGCGAACACACUGGAAGACGACCAGCUGCAAGCCAAAUAAUCUGGAGGAAGAACUAGCCCUAGCUGCCGCCGCUACCUCUGAGUGUAUAGAUAAAGACCAAUCGGAGACUGACCAGAGGGACUACUAUGAUAUGCAACAUAUGAGUCACCCAGCAGGAAUGGGCCAGCCUCAGCUUCGGCAUGGUAGUGGCCAUGGUUCCCCUCCUAUGCUCAGUAUGCCCCCACAACCUCACACGGGUCCACCACCGCCAAUGCAUUCGAGCCAUCUUAUGCAGGGUCAUCUGGGUCCGGAACCGGUUAUACAGAAAGUGGGCAAGAUCCAGUACCCUUCGUCCAGUCAUCAGAGUAAUAACAACAACAACAACCCCAGCGUACUGAACGGCAACGUGAUCAAUGGUGGACCCCAUUUGCAAUACCUCGGAAGUCCCUUCUCGACGCAGGGUGCUCCGACGCAUCAGCAAACACCACCUCCGCCGCCACCGAUCCAUCACCACCAUCACGCCCCACAGCAGCCCUCCGCUGUGGUUGGCCCCGAUCCAACCAACAGGCCUAGCGUGAUCGAAUCAAACCAACCGAUGGUCAUCGAGUGUACGUAGCUUCAACUCAAUGGUCCGCCGGGAGGACCUCCAGUCCAGUUCCCAGAUGGUGCUACCAUCUGGCGACAGGACAGUGUAAUUCGCGUGCUCGGCUGAAUGCGGUAGUGACACACACAAACAAAACAAGUUGAGUAACAACCUACUUGCAAAACAAUGAUCUUUUUUCGCGCGUAAGAUUUAAGGAUUAAAUAACUGUGAAUACUAGUUUUAAGGUGUUACAGACGUAAAACAACACACACAGCUAGCUUUUAAGAGAACUAUAAAUUUAUAUAUUUAUUUUUUACCUAUUAUCACGGUAGAGAAGUGAAUCAGCGAAAGGGAGAUAAACUAUUUUUAAGUGUUCUUAAAAUCUACUAAUUAUACGAACGCUAGUGCAGCUUGUCAUUUUUCAUGAAAAAGUAGAAGGAACAAGCUUUUUGACAGCGCAGGCAGACCCUAGUUGUUUGUUUUUGUUGGCUUCUAUUUUUCGGUGCCACACGUGUAAAUAUAGGCGGUAACAAAAUGGCGAUACGAAAUUGGACCAUAUGUGUAUAUUUGGCAGGUCGGCAAUUUAGGGCUUUUGUGUUGUCAAUUUUCGUUGUGUUUGAAUUUUUACGGAUAGAAGAACGGGGUUGAACUGGAGUGUACAGUGACUUAGUAGAUAUGUGACGCUUGUUAGAGUUGAGUGUUGAAUGUUGAAUGUUAGGACAAUUGCGAAAGUGAGAUUCACUAGAGAGAGAGAGAGAGGUAGAACGGUGAACAUUAUUACACGAGCAACAGACUGAUAUUUUUUUCCUUAUUACACCUAGGCAAAAAUACGAUACGAAUAGUGAGGAAUCGAGAACAAAAAACUGAAACAAAUUUGGCAAAUAAGAUGGGAAAAAAUUAAGAUAUUUUGUUUUUUUUAAUAGUAUGUAAUUGUAGAAUUGAAAUGCUCAGAGAGGAGAAUGCGGGCUGUAGGGUGUAAAACGUAAUUGGAUGUGUGUAAUGGGUGGAAUGUGUUGGAAUUAAUUUAUAAUCGGUUUGCGGUUUCCCGAACUGCACCGAAAUUGAUAAUCAAAUGUCCAAGUUGCUGUUAAAGCUCGUUUCCACCGGAAAUGUGUUGGCAGUGAACCAUUCGAUGUCUGUCAAGCUGGUAGAUCUCGAAUCGAUUCCCGAAGUAAAUGUUUUACUUAAGGUGGCCGUACACUGUUUGCCCGGAGGUCAAAUAUUUGAUAUAUUUUGACAGAUAAAGUUUGAUUUGAUAUUUGUACAAACACUAUUUUGUUUGCCACUCUUAAAUAUUCAACAGUGUUAAACAAUGUCAAACACCGAACAUGGAUAAAAUCGACUGAAAUAUUCAAGGUAACCUAACCAUGUACCGACAGGUUCGAAGAACAGACUAAAAAAGUAUUCGAGGCAUCCAAAAAUUGAAUAUUUGCUUGUUGUGUUUUGUGUAGCAUAUAUUUGAUCAGUACACGUCGACCAAAUUUUAUCUGUCAAAAAGAGUCAAAUAUUUGGCUUCAGUCAAACAGUGUAUGAGCACCCUUACAAGACAGAUUACGAGUUUGGAAAGUAAUUUCUACUAGAGGAUUAUCUCAUAAUGAGGCAAUACUGCACUGAAUAACAAGGUUAAAUUGCAGCACACGGAAGUACUAGUAAUUGAUUCCGUUUAUAAAAAAAUGUGAUCUUCAACGAAAAAGCGAGCUCAAUCAAAAUAAUUGAAUACAAUUUUGGGUCAUUCAAAAAUAGUCCGCAAAUGUUUGUUAAAUUUUGAAUUAAAUUCUGCUUUACUAAGAAUCAAUUUAUCGUUUUUUAAUCUGUCCUGUUGUGAGCGGUAGAGCUCUGAAUUGAUCGUUGGACCUUUCAGUAACACCUCAUAAUGAACGACUUUCUUCUCAUCACAUUCACAGCAUCACCUUAUUUGGCGUCAAUCCAGGCUUUGAAAUGAUGGUUUGCGAUGCUCACCUCAUAAUUUUUUUUUCUAACGCUGUUUUUGUGCGUUGACUUUCUCUUGACUCUGUUUGCAUGCCGGUUUUGCUCGACCAGUUACAAUAUGUCAUCAACUUUUCCAGUGAAUGGCCGACCAUGUCAAUAAUUAGCAGCAAAAAAUGUUCUUUCAUUUUCAAAUCGAUAUGUAUAUCUUCCGACACGAUCGGUGAAUUACCAAACAUUGUUUACUAAACAAGUAAUCUGAAUUGUCAUCUUCAAGGUACGUGUGAGUUUGACACAAUUGGAUUAGUGUUGCCCCUUAUAUGUCGCCAUCUAGUGACAAAUAACCGCGGAUACUUUUUAAAUUAUCCAAGCCUUCAUUUGUCGUUUUUCUCGUUUCGUAUGGAAGCUGCACAAUUUUCCUAUCUUUCAGGUGAUUUAUCAGCACCUCGCCGAAGAAAUUCGUUGUGUUUUGAGCCAAACUAGUCAUCGAUCCAUUUUCUCGCUGCUCAGCGAGCGCGUUUCCCAUCGAUGAAAAUAAAUUCUUAUCGGAUGCAGCCAAAUCUGGUGAAUGAGCCAUCUGUGGUAGUUGAUAGCAAUCGAGGAGUUCUACUGUUUCCCUGGCCGGUUUUGCUCGGUAUGAAGGAGCGUUUUUAUCAAGAAAAACCACUUUGUGAUCCCUUCUCUGUCAUUUUUAUAAAAUUUCCUAAUGCGAUGCACAAAAUCCGUCAUUUUCAAGAUUUAAUUUUUGAAAUGUUGUGGCUGCAUAAAACUUCUGGUAUUUUUUUGACGUGGGACUACGUCUAACCGUAGUAAAGGGGGGGGGGGGUGGUUCAAAUGAAAACAUAAACACAGAACAUGCAAGAAAAAAUGAAAGAUUCCGAGUACUUAUAACUCGAACAUUUCUUACUGUAUCGGAAAGAUGUUUGCAUCAAUUGAUAGGGAAUAUUUCUACGCAUCUAUCGCAAUUAAUAAAAUGUUAUUUUUCAUUAAAUAAACAAUUGAAUAACUGUAAAAUGUUAAGUGUUUUCUAAACGCCCUAACUACCUCGUUUUGAUUGGCCCGAUUUACGGUUUCCCCAACAAAGCCAUCAUAACCAAGCAGCCUUGGGGAAUCGGCAUUGCAAAUACAUGGAAGUAUGGAGAUUCUUGUUCUCACCGAAAUGUGUUCCCUAAAACAGAAUUCAAAACCAAGCAGUGUUGGAGAAAUCGGCAUUGCAAACACAUGAAAGUCGGGGGUAUUUUUGUUCCGACUGAAAUGUAUUUCCCUAACAAAUCCAUGGAGCAUGGGGAAAUUGGUAUUGCAAAUUAAUGCAAGUCGAGGGUAUUUUUUGUUCCGACCGCAAUGUGUUUUCCCAACACAUAUUUCAGAACCAAGGUGUAUGGGGGAAUUGGCAUUGCAAAUUCAUGCAGGUCGGGGGUAUUUUUGUUCCGACUGAAAUGUGUUUCCCUAACACAGACUUUAAAUCUAAGGAGCGUGGGGAAAUCGGUUUUGCUAAUAAAUGCAAACUGCGAGUACUUUUGUACUCGCUUGCCUUUGUGCAGACUAGAAUAUGUUUCCUUAACACGGUCUUCUCAACUUAGGAACCUGGGAAAAUCUAGCAGACAUUAGAGGCGAAUGAACUGAAAAGUUUAAAACCUCUCUAAUUCAUUAUCAGUCAUCAGUCAGUCAGCAGAUAUUAGAGGCCAAUGAACUUUCAAGUUUAAAGGCUCUAUAAUAUAAAAAGUAUAAGUUGAAGUUGUUGAUUCAUGCAAGCAGGGGUACUUUCCUCACCCGCAUGUUUUUUGCACUCCGAAAUGUGUUUUCCUAACACGGAUUACAAAAACGGGUACGAAUACAACGCUUUGGCUCGGUUAUUCAAGAUUGCAGUGAAGGAUAUGCCUUCAUAUUUUCUGCUCACUGAAUUUCUGGUACUGAGUGCCUGAAGUUCUUCAAAUCAAGCAAAUUCGCGGUUCGAGAAGUACGUGCACAUGAGAGAUGCAAAGUUCAGAGGAAAAUGGAAAAUAAAAUAAUCGUUUGAUAAUUCUUCCGUUCACAUAUUCUGUCCUAGGCAUCAUACCAAACGUGAAAGGACUGUCAUUAACUUUACUUGUAACGAAGAACAUAAUCUAUCACAAUUUUGACCUUACAUGACAUUACUUUAAACUCUUUACUCACAAAGCAAAUAUAUUAAAUUCGAUUGAAUUGGGAAAUUGUUUAGUUCAAUCAAAAAUUUAAUCAAUACAAACAAAUGAUUGCUAAGCUGAGCUAGUCCCACGUCAAUUUUGCGGUUAUAUCAUAGCUAUAACCCACCCAUUUUUUUCUGAUAGCUUUUCUGUUGAUCAUUUGUCUGUUAGAACCAAGGGAUUGCUAAGAUGGCCGCCUUUCUGUAGACAGCAUAGAAACUCACGAGCAUAGAACUCAUAACCUGAAAUUAAAAACGAAGUGCUCCUGUAGCAGUGAUUUUAAUUACAAAUCGUCAAGAAAGUUUCCGGAUGGGUAUCCAAACAUAACUUGCCAAAGAAAACUAUCCAACGUAUUCAAAUAUUAACAUAUAUGACUCCAAAGAGUAAACAAUACGUGAGCCCCCUGAGCGCUAGUCCUGUUUUAUGCUGCCUACGCGAUAGGGUUGCCAGAGCCCCGGCUGGAACAGCUUCCAACGAAUUUGGACUAGUUUUUGAACGUCACUUUAUUCUGGGAUUUCCUAAAAACUAUUUAGGCUUCAUGGUGAUGUAUAUUCAAUGAGCACAAAAACUAAAAAAGAUGGGAAAAUAACCAAAUCUGCCGAAAUUCGUGAACAUUCGUCUAUAUAUGAUAAUAUGAAGGAUAAGUCGAUUGCGAAUAACUUGUUGUCACAAAUGAGCCUUUCAAAGGUGCUGUCGAAUUAUUUGAUUUAUGAGUAGCUACAUCUCAUAAAAAUUUUGUUUUAUUAGCAACAGCGCGUAGUCGUGCAUAAUCUGUCAAAGCUGAACCCUCAGUUUCGGUAAUCAUUUCAUCAUCGGUCUUAAAUUUCUUGCCAGCGAGCAUUCUCUUCAGGUCUGCGAACAGAAAAUAGUCACUGGGGGCCAGAUCUGGAGAAUACGGUGGAUGCGGAAGCAAUUCGAAGCCCAAUUCAUGCAAUUUUGCCAUCGUUUUCAUUGAUUUGUGAUUUUUCCAUUUUUUUUUGUCACAAUAACAAAAGUUGCUUCAAUCUCAAUGCUGUAACUCACGAAACAAUCGACCGAUUGCUGUCACAUUUUGACACGUAUCCAUUGAAAGAUGGUGCUUCGUGAUAGUCAAGAUGGAGUCGCCAUCUAGACGUCAACCUUAUGAACUUUUCAGCCGAACUGUUGAUAUGGCAAUAUAAGAUAAUAUGAGUGAGCGAAUCAAGAUUCACAUUGCAAAUAAGCUCACAAUAAAACUUUUCGCGUACUUUGCCACAUACUCGGCCUAGACCGAGAAAGAUAUAUACAUGCAGCUUAUGUUCUCCUUUUCACUCUUCGAAAACACUUUCCAAUAUCAUUUUAUAAUGAGGUGUAACAUUAUAACGCCUUUGCGCAACAGCACUGGUAGCUAUAUGGAUAGCGUGGUCGUGUGAAACAGCUUUGCAUUCCAGCCGGCCUUGGUUUGAUCCCCAUUGACGUCGCAUGGACUUUUUUCUGGCACAAUCCCAAAUGAAAUGAGAAAAGGAAAAGAGAUGUCUGCUCCCAUACAUACAAACCUUUUUUAAGCUUUUCAAACAGCUCCUUAUUUGCGCAUUUGACCCUCCGGCACACAAAAACGCAUUAUUUAUACCAAAGAUGAAUUGUUUUCAGUCAACCCUAGUUUGGGUGUAAUCUUCUGGUAUUGAAGCUCACGUCUUGGCGAUAGCAGCCUCCGAAGAAGCGACACUUGAGUUGAGUAUACACAACCCUUAGGCUCAACCUACAUCCACAUUGAAUUGUCGAAAGGGCUCAAAUCAGGACUGCUUGGAGGUCAAACAUCUUUUGGCUGAAAUAACAUGUUCUCCUUCAGCCAGGUAUGGAUCCGUUUAGAGAUAUGACAUGGUGUUCACUCUUAUUGUAAAACAAUAUUCUCGUGUUAAGGUGAAGGUGGAAGCUAGCCACAAAUGGUUGCCACAAUGGCGCUCAUUUCUUUCAUCUCCCUCCCUUACCCCUCGCCAGAAAAUCAAUAAUUUUGCGAAACAGUGUGAAGAAAAUGAUCGUUUGCACACACUUCCCACUAAGUAAUAUUAACCAAAAUCUACUCGCCAAAUAUUCAAUUUUCAUCUGCCGUCGCAAUGUAUAGUGAAAAACGUCGUAAAACUCGAGCUAGUGCUCUGAAAGUUAACUCUUCAUUUUUCGAUUUUCCGCAAUGGUUUUGUUUGUAUUGGUGACAACAUCUUUAUUUUUUUCGACUCUGAUGCCAGACAACAUCAUUGAAACGGAUAUAAAAACCACUCGAUAACAAGUUAUUCCUGAGUCAUAGCGUUUCAUGUCAUGAAAAUCAAUAAAAUAAAAUGGUGUUGAUAUCAAUACAAUUAUUAUUUUUACGUUCAACUUGAACAUUGGUUAAGAAAAUUGCAUUGCAGAGCUCGGAACACUGCCACGUCUGCCCAUGCUUUCAAAAAUAGUAAACGGAAAAAUAUUACAUUCAAUCAAAAUUCCUCGGGCAACGAAGAGAAGGGUUAAGGCUCCCCAACGUGAGUAUGUGAAAACAAUACGAUCAACGAAGGAAAAUAUUGAGGAAUUAUCAAUAUCGAGUUACUGUGCGGAAGAACUUGUUGAUAACAAAAGAGCCCUAAUUCGCUUGUGUUAUAAAUUUGCUCAUGUUACGCUCAGAAUAUUACUUCAUAUGCAAAUACAGCUUCUAUAUAUAUAUUUCUUUUUGCAAUUGUUCAUACAUUUAAUUUCAGUAUUGAAUUGUUGUUUUUUCAAAUGUAUUCUAAGACUUGAGUCCUCGAAGCGCCACACAGUCUGAUAAGUGAAUUGAUCUAUUUACGUACAAAGAUCAAAACAAGCGAAACAAAUUACUCCUUUCUCACAAACACUUUUACCCCAUUUUUACACGUGGUUUUACCAAUACUACUACAAAGGAUUGCUUCCAUAUUUAGUGUGAUAUUUGAUGAUAUACUUUUAAUUUUCGCAUGCAGUGGAACAUCCUUAGUUUAUAGGGGAGCAAUAUACUUAUCCUUUCGAGAAUUGGAUACCGGAUCAACUGCGAACACGAAGAUCGGCUGCUCCUUUUUCAACUGACACGGCAAUCGUUUUGAGCGCUAAUCUCGCAGUACUUUGAUCCGUUCCGUUAUCAAAUAUCGCGUCAUCUUUGACCAAUCGAUGCAUGGGUGGAUUUCGAGAUUUAGCUUUCUCUGGUUUCCGGAUUGAUCUUACUAGAUUUCACUUCACUUUGUCCUUGACCGAUUUUAGCACAUACGUAUCUAUAAAUAGAUCUAUGAUGAUGCACUGAUGUACAAAUGGUAACGGAAGGGGUCAAGUCUGACGAAAAAGGCGCAGGCGGUAGUUGAUCCCAACUGUUUCCCUGUCCAAUCUUGCUCGGUGUGACGGGGCAUUGUCAUCAAGAAAAAUCACAUUGUGAUGCAUUUUUGGAUGCUCCGGUGUCUUCUUUCUGUUGCGGUUUUGCCGUGAGGUGGAUGUAGCCGAUUGAACAUGGUCAAAAAAAUAAUCUUUUGCGCUUAGGAUUCUUGACUUAUAUCCACUUUUCAUUUCCAGUCGCGCUUCAAUACAGAAAUUACUUUCUUUUGUACCUGGCAAGCAUAAUGUCACAAUUACUUUUCCGGUUUUAUUGGUGUCUGUCGGCCAAAUUUUGUGGAAUUCAUCGUACAACUUUUAAGAUCUUUCCCGUUUGCAACCAGGGGUCUGCAUAGUCAUAGUCAACUGAGGAUAGUCAGCUGACUAUCUGACUGACUAUAUCCGUAUUCAGUUAGUAUUGACUUUCGGCACCUUCACGCAAAUUCUCCGCCAAAACGACUAAACAGUCAGUCGGGCGUUUAGUCGCUAUCUCCCUCUACCGACUCGACUAAAUCAUUUCAUUCUUCCCAGUCAAAUUGUCCUCAUUACAUUUCGAAGUGAUUUCCCCAGAUGUAUGACACGAUUAUCGCUAUCUCACUCUACCUACCGUCACCGCCUAUUUCACUAUCCCUCUGCUGUAAAAGUUCAUCAUCGACAUCACGAUAUGUCAGAUGGUGGUAAAUUGGUAAUUCGCGAUAACGUCGACGUCUGGUGGCGACUUCAAGUUUGAGUCAUAAUUUGGGUCCCAAAAUCGUUAGUGUAAUCUCUACCAGAUUAGAAGACACGAAGCCGGUUUUCAAAUUUUAAAAUUUGAAUGAAAAUUUUCACAUUAUGUUAUUUAAUUAUUAGAAACACGUAUUUCUGACUUUCAUUCAACCAUAUGGUCAUACAAUUCCAACAUUGUUGCUAAUUUUUUUCUUUAUAAUAUAAAGUUGUCUUCAUAAACAUUUUUCGUAUGAGACUUUUUCCCCACCUGCAUACAAAAAUGUUUUUAAUUUAAACAGAAUACUAAUUUGAGAUGGGAAAGCUAAUUUUCAUUCAUAAUUUUAAUUUUGAAAACGUUCACUCCGACUGAAAACCAGCUGUUCUUUGACGCUCCCCUGAACUAGUAAACGAAGCUCACUGCCGUCAACGCGGAUCGCUGUUUUGAAGAAAACAAAUACUUCUGACGUGUGAGAUGUUGGCAUCAAAAACAUGGCGGGUGCCAUACGGCUGGAUUUCCCCAAAACGAAUUCGUUCCUCUCUUUCUCUCUCCCAUGUACCUGUGCAUGCAUCGAUGUUUGAGUUCAACGUGGUUUGACAUACGCUACAGGUGAGCUAGAUUCUUUUGUAUCGUACACGAAAAUUACUCACACGUAUAAAAUAGCGAGCAUUGUGUGUGUGUGCGCUAUUUACUAAUACUAACGCGAGGACCUUUCUAGCAUACUGUCUAAGCUCGUUGGUUUGUUUCACGAUGAGUAGACAAUAAACCGUCCAUUGAUGGGGUAACUUUUUUUUGCAUCAGAAAUCAUGUUUUCGUUCCUCCUUAUAUGAACGUAAAAAUAAGAUUGCGUACGCGGGUAUAAAUUUCGUUCCUAGGGGAGUAGAAAUGUCGAUUGAAGUCAGUUGAAUGAAGAGACAGAUUUGAAUGCAUUAGUCGAGUCAGUUAAAAUAACCACUGACUGGACUAGUUCACCAGUCAUCCUCGCUAGUCAACGCUAGUCAAUUCAUUUUCUAGUCGAGUCACUUUUUGUUGUGGGCGACUGCCGAAGCAGUUCUAGUCGAAGCGUAGCUACUAAGAGUAGAGUCUUUUUUUCACCUUCGAAGAUUUCGGGCCCUGUUUGCAACAGUCAAUUCGUCUGUGAGUUUCACCAUCGUGUUCGUUCAAGAAAGUUCAAGAAAGAAAGUUCCCAAGUGUACGUACUCCUCGGAUAUGCUUGGUAGAAUCUGAUGAAUUUUGGGAACUCAGUUUCGAUGCUGUCAUAGCUGGUUGUCCUUUCAGGUUUAUGGAUAAUUCAGUCAACUUUUGAUGGCACCGACGGUGGAGGUCGGCGUUAGAAAUCGAAUUGUCUGGCCAUCGAACGCGGAUGAUUAUCCCAGGCAACGAUUACCGACCAUUAGAUCUGGCUUGAGCACCAUUUUUUUCGGAGACCUUCAAUGGCACACCGAGUUUUCCUGGUCCGUGCGACUUUAUCUGUCUCGAUCACCAUCUAGCGUAAACUGGUUACUAAGAUAUAGAAAAGUUUCAGCCUUCUCAAUCUGCUGCUCAUACACCAUGAAACUGGAGGAAUUAUUUAUAAAUUUUUGUCCAAUUACUUGGGGUUUGUGAUUUUGACCAUGAGCCUUGCUGCCUCGGAGCCUUCGAGGUGGUCACCAAACUAGCUCUACAUAUGGAUCCACAUUCGGUAAGGGUUCCCUUCUUGGAAAUUUUCACUAAAGUCACAGUCGGCCAGAAAAGUUGCGGUUUUCUAGAUAUCGUUAGAGAGUUGAUCCACAUAAUAUUCUUAUGAUGCUGGAUCAGUUUUAACCAUCUCAGCAGUAUUGUAAUCGAUUCCUCGCGCGUUGUUGAAGUUCAUGCUUUUGAUAACGACUUCACUUUUAAGACACGGAAGGGCUGAUUGAAGUGUUCAGCUCAACGCUUGAGCUGAUAUGUACAAUCUGUCAAUACUGACCUGUCUUUUUAUGGCAUUCUGGCAUUUGUCCUGACAUCAUUAAAGCAGCGAGAAAUGUCCUACAACAAUCGGAUAUCACCAUUGGCGACAGCUCUUUCAUCCUCCUCGACUAGGGAGUUUAUCCAGGCUCUCUUGUCCCGUAUAUAAACAGUUUUAUCGUCUUCUUCAGUUCGGCGUAUCGUUGGUGGUUAGCUGCUUUAGCCGAUCUGGCACACGCCUUCCCAAUACCGGAUAGAGACUCUCUCCGUUCGAUCCUCCUGGUUUCAUCCAUCCCCUCCUCGCACUUCGCAGCUUACUGAGAGUUCUAUCACUCGUAGUGACAAAGCCUUUCUGAAAGCUUGUCCAUUGUUCUUCGUCCACGUUCUAUUGACUGGUAAUUCCCAGGCUCUGGAUUCAAGUUGCUCGGCGUAAGCCCUGUCCUACUUCUCUUGGAUUGUCCAGCUUGCGGAUAUUGUAAUAACGAGAUGGUGAUCAGAUGAAUUGUCGGCACUACUCUUAUUGCGGACAUCAAGAAGGCUCAUUCUUCACUCUCGGAUGAUCCAAAUGUGGUCAAUUUGGUUUUCUGUUCCUUCCCGGGAAACCCAAGAGCGCUGAUUGACGACUUCGUUAUGGGGUGCGCUUUCUUUCGAAUGCCAAAGUAUGGCAGGGCUUGGUCGAAUGUUGUCUUAUGUUUUCCAUUGUUCAAACAACGAACUUCGCUCAGUCGCACGAUGUAGAGCUUUAGGCGGCUUACUUCCCUAGCUAGUUGAGCCAGCUUAUCCUGUUGGGCAAGCGUCAGUGCGUCACAUGUUCUGAUUCGUUUCCAUGUUGUUUGGACUGCUCAUCCUGGAGAUUUGACACAUCGAGGUGGGCUAAGCGCUUGUGAAGACGUCAACUCUCCUCUCAAAAGUAGUAUUGGAGCUAUUAUGGCAUUUUAUGAAUAUCGUGUAGAACCCACUGCGCGUUCCACCGCACUCACCUACAUUCCUACUGCUUGUUCGGGGGUGAUAAUACCUAACCUUCGUAUCUAGAAGCCGUUCGGCUAUCUAUAACCCGCGAACCUGUCAAGUACCGUAUAAUUGGACUCUUGUACGUUGUUAUAUGUUAACUACGUCGCGGGCAGAUCCAUCGAACAUGCUUACAGUAAAUAUCCACAUACAAACGAUAAGUUUCUGGUAAAAUUUCCUUUUUAUUAGGAUUUUGAUUUUCAAUUCGAUCAAAUUACUCGUCGGUUAUAUUUCAAACAUAUGUCACACUCAGCAUUUGACAGCUGACACAAAGUACUAUCGAAUACAAGUUUCUCAAUACACACCCCAAAAGCGGUGAUACUCGCGAACCUCUGGGAAGAAGGGGAGUGAUAGUCUCACACCCAAUAUUUUUUUUUUUUUUUGUAGAUGCAUAUUCUAUACCAGGGGUUUUCAAAUGGUGCCCGCGGGAAAUUUGUGCUCCGCGAAGUUAUAGCAAAUGCUCCCACUUGAAAACCCUCCUUGAGAAAAACAUUCUUUAAUUUAAUUUCACUGGGCAUAUAGUGAUUUAUCUUGUUUACUCCGGGUCAGAUGUCGUGUAACUAAGAUGCGUAACGGAAAUUGAGUUGUUUCCUGUUGGGAAAUGGCAAUGCAAAUAAAAUUUGUUCUAUUGAUUGAAAAAUUCAGGUGCUCCGUCAAAAUGUUUUGCCAUAAAAAGUCCUCUGCAAUAAAAAAAAAUCUGACAACCCCCGUUCUAUACGGUAAUCGUUCGAUAACUGGGCGAACGUUAACUGGGCAGUUACAGCAGCAAUUUGUAAAUAGUUGAUGUCAUAUUCAAUUUGAAGAUUUGCCCUGAGGGACAUUCGAAGGUAAUUUGGAAGGUUAUGAAAAUUGACAUUAUUUUCGCAUAAAAAAACUUCACAGAAAAAUAAUUUCCCCAAAUUAUUUAUCAUACAUGUCGUUUUGCAUUGAGUGUGACAGUUAGAAAGCAGUUCAGUUAAAGUUCAGUUCAGUUAUCGAAUCGAUUUUUACCCAAUUUAUCCUUUUUCACGAUCAACGCAAAUCAAACAAUUAUUUGAAUUUCCCCUUUUUUUUCGACGUUUUACAUGUAGAUCCAGUUAGCAAGCGAAUAUCGAUAACUGGGAUGUAUUUCUCGCCCAGUUACCAAACGAAUAGUCUAUUUACUUGUUAUAUCAGUCCUAGAUUGUCUCCAAAACAUUGUAAUGUUGUGGCAGCAUAAGAACAUCAAUUACCCAAGGAAAAAAAACAAUUCAUUUCAUCAAUUACAUCACAAUACCUUCUACAAACAUGCCCACUACAAAGUCCGCAAAAGUUUAAUUCUCAAAUGGUCCAUAUGGAAGAAAGUAGCGAAACGAUACGCAUAACUCCAUCGGAAGCGAAUGCUAAACAGCGGAGUGGAAACUCCUUCAUCGGGGGGCACGCUUCCAUCGCUUUGCGAUGAAGCCUGCUGCUUUUGUACAUUUUGAAAGUUGUGAGAGAGCGAAUCCAGAUACAAGUUAUUACUAUUAAUACUAAAAAGAAGAAAAAAGGAAAGAAAACAGUAACAGUGGUAAACAGAUACAACAAAUAACAAAAAAAAACAAAACAACUGAAUAAUAUAUAUAACAUUUAAAGUUAGCUGAAGAUCGGUGCUUUUUCAGAAACAAGGGAAGAACUUGAAAAAUCUACAUUAUUUAUAGGUUUUUCGAACAAAAGUUUAACUCUUUAUCUCAGAUUUAAGGAUAACCAAGUACAUUUAAUGAAAACACUCGUAAUAAGAUUGCAACAAAAGAAGAUAUUUUAAAAUAAACAGAAAUAAGGAGAAAGGGGUGGAAGAAAAAAAACAGUGGAUGCAAAAACAAUAGCGGAUAGUUGAGAGAGGAAUGACAAAAAAAAACCCGAAGGAACAAUUUACGGUGGCCAAAAUGAAUCCAAAAAAUAAACAAUGAUACUACAACUACAAUUUACCCAGUUGACUCAGAUUUGCUACCCAAAACAGACUAAACACGAUGUAGACCGCUCCAAGUUCCAAAGUAGCAGUUUAGCUUCAGUUUUUGACUCCUAUCGAAUCCACGAUAUCUCAAACAAAACAAAAAACAAAAAUCGUAUAACGAUUGUGACCAGGAAAAACAGAGAGAGAGAGAGAAAAAAAGAAAAAAUAGCACAAAAACCAUAGUUUUAAGGCCACACACCACAUCUAAGGGAUAAGAUUUAUGAAACCCACGGUCGGAGCCUUCCGUGAGCAUCAGCAGUUCGUUGUUAAUUUUUUACGUCGUGUAUUGAGAUGCAAUAAUCUGUGCAAAGCCUAAUCAGACUAGGGAGCGAAAAGAAUGUUUACCCCACCGUUUUGUUUGUACCUUUCUGCGACCCGACCCGAAUUUUCGUUGGUUGAAACCUAUUGCGUUUUUUUUUUGUUCACGUAGCUCUUUUCGCAGCAGUUUCGAGGCUCAUACGUAAAAGUGAUGUCUGUUAUCCUUAUUAGUUUUGUUUGUAUGUUGUAGUCCGCGGAGAAGAAGAAGAAAAAAAUGUGUACUGUGUACAUUGGAGAGAUGAAACAAAAAAGAAACGUGUAAUAAAUAAAAAGUUUUCUAACGAAAAUAAUUGCAGAACAAAAAAAAUAAUCAAAUGUUUUAUUUGAAAGCGACACAAUACUCGGAACAAUCGAGUAGCAACCGCGCCGUAGGAAAAGUAGUAGCAUGUUGACAAUUUUACAAAAUUUCGCUCUGUUGUGUUUUUGCUUGUUGGAAACGAGGACUGAAUUUCCGGACGCUUGCAAGUUUUUUCUAAGCGCUGUCAAAAUCAAGGAAUCUAGUUGCAAUCAAUGUUAGCGUUAAUUUAAUUUCUGUGUCCAGCAAAUAUUAGUAAUAAAAGCCAAACCAAGAAACAAUUUGUAAUCGCUCGUAAGAAAAUUACUGUGAGAGAAGAGCAUUGACUGAUUAAACAUAGUGGAAUAGCGCAAAUUGAAGAACGCUCUGAUUAGUUUUAACCGUUGGCGUGGCAGUUUUUAGUUGAAUGUCUUUGUCAAAUUAUGGCGAACAAACAUUGUCAAAAAAAAAAUGAGUCAUCAGAUUUAGGAACAAAAACAAAGAUUGGAAUUGCUGGUUUUUAGGGAGGAAAAAUUAUUGAAUCCAUUAGGCGCGAAGCAGUGUACAUAGGAAACUUUUGUAUUGGAAGUUUAUGCUAAACUACGAUAAGAUAACAUCAUGCAGUAAACAACACACACACAGACACACCUGCGAAUAAUAAUUCUAGGAAGCAUCAUUAGCUUGUAGGAACCAAACAGUACUGAAUUUGUAUAAACUUGAAUACUAACUACAGCAAGUAAUCUUUAAAAUAACAGUUUAAAACAAAAUACGAUAAUAACUAUUGAAGCGGCAAAGCUAUGGACGAAUUCUUUAUAAAAAUAUGAAAAAUAUCAUUGAAA